AGUUUUCUGGUUAAUCGAGAUCAGUCGAUGAAUGGAGUAUUUAUGUUGAAGUACUCUUGUGUUACCACAAUUUACAAAAAUUUGUGUCGACUCCAUUAAACAUUAAGUUAUUGUGGUGUUAUUAUUGGUAUGACGACGUUGUAGAUCUAAAUUUAUAUUUGAUUAGUUUUACUUGACAAUGGCUGACGUCGGUGGAACGUUUUUGCGAAGAUUUUUACCAACCUUCAUCGGAUGUCUGUUUUUAAUACACAUAGCGGAAUACAUUCCAGUCGCGUCAGCAGAAGGCCACUGUAUAUGGUAUGGUGUGUGUUCGAACGCUACACAGAAAUCGCUAAAUUGCUAUUACGAUGGUCCAGCUAAGCCUCUAGAUGAAAGCGCAAGGCCGAUCAUCGAGAAGUAUUGUCCUGACAUCGCUGCUGGUGGCUUCACGUGCUGUGAUAAGAAUCAAUUACAGAAUUUGAACGAUAACAUUAAACAAGCGGAGAUACUUCUGGCAAGAUGUCCGUCCUGUUUGGACAAUUUCUACAAGCACAUUUGCGGAAUGACCUGCUCGCCGACGCAGAGCGAUUUCUUAAGUCCAAAGAUUGGACCAUUCAAUUCAACACACCAAAGGGUAGAGGAGGUAACAUACCACCUCAGCGCUACUUACAUGAAUACUACCUACAGUUCCUGUGCAAAUGUUCAAAUGCCGUCCACAAACCAGGUGGUAUUAGAUCUCAUGUGUGGCAACUACGGUUCCAGUUUCUGUACGCCACAGCGUUUCUUCGACUACAUGGGCGAUAAGAACACGCCUCUAGUGCCUUUCCAGAUCAACUACAUAAGUGGGGAUGAACCCGUUGAUGGAUUCAUUCCUUACAAUCCACCAACCAGACCUUGUAAUGUUGGUUUGCCGGGUCAGCCAGGCUGUUCGUGCCUGGACUGCGUGGAGUCCUGCCCGGCCCCGCCCCCCUCACCCCCUCCGCCGCGCCCGUUCAGCAUCCACGGAGCCGACGGGUACGCGGUCAUCAUGGCCAUCGUCUUCCUAAUCUUCACCACGCUGUUCCUUAGCGGCGUAUACUGUUGCAACCAGCAGGAGAACAACGUCGACGGGUGGGCGUGCGCGGCGGAGGCGCGGCGCGGCGGGCCCGAGACCAGUCCGCUGCGCAGCCACCGCUCCAGUGUUGCGUCAGAAAAUAAUCAGGAAAUGGCAACGAAUCCAACAGCAAUAGGUUGGUCCAUAGAUCAGCCGGACAGGGCUGAUGAUGCGACGUUCUUUGAGAAACUCGGAGCCGAGACUGAGACGAAACUCGAGGAUUUCUUCCAGUGGUGGGGUUGUCACAUGGCGUCUAAACCUUGGGUUGUACUGUUUAUUGGUCUGUGUGUUAUCGUUGGACUCGGUCACGGCAUAAGAUACAUGCAAGUGACCACAAACCCGGUAGAAUUAUGGGCUGCACCAAAUUCAAGAUCUCGUCAGGAGAAGGAGUACUUCGAUUCCCACUUUGAGCCCUUCUACAGGACAGAGAUGUUGAUCAUCAGCUCGAAGGGCUUAUCGGACAUUGAGUAUAAAACCGUUGACGGUACUGUGAUUUCGUUUGGUCCUGUGUUCAAUUCUACCUUCCUUCUGGAUGUACUGGAUUUGCAGAAUAGGAUUAUGGCGCUCGGCAACACCAGCCGUAUCCAAGACAUCUGCUUCGCCCCCCUGAGUUCCCCGUUUAGUGGGCCGGUGACCGCUGACAACUGUGCGGUACAAUCCAUUUGGGGAUGGUAUGAAAACGACCCUGAACAGCUCACGGAUUAUUUAGAAGAUAAUGAGUACCUCGAGAAAGUUCUCUCGUGCUCCAAGAACCCGUACAGCUGCCUGUCGGUGUGGGGCGGGCCCGUGCUGCCGGGCGUGGCGCUGGGCGGCUUCCUGGCGCCCGCCGAGCCGCUCACCAAGGCCUCGCGCUUCCACCGCGCCUCCGCGCUCAUCCUCACCUUCAUCGUCAACAACUACCACGACAAGGAGAAGCUGAAACCGGCUCUCGAAUGGGAACAUGAAUUUAUCAAAUUCAUGAAGAACUACACUGAAAACGAAAUGCCUCCCUACAUGGACAUCGCUUACACCUCCGAGAGGUCGAUAGAAGAUGAAUUAGACAGGGAGUCACAGUCUGAUGUGUCGACUAUACUCGUGUCCUACUUCAUCAUGUUUGCGUAUAUUGCUAUAUCUUUGGGAAGGUUCACGACUUGUUCGAGAUUGUUGAUUGAUAGCAAGAUCACACUUGGAUUGGGAGGAGUGCUGAUCGUUCUCGCAUCGGUUGUGUGCUCCAUCGGUAUAUUUGGUUUCUGCGGCGUGGCUGCCACACUUAUUAUCGUGGAGGUGAUCCCGUUCCUGGUACUGGCUGUGGGCGUGGACAACAUCUUCAUCCUGGUUCAGACCAGUCAGCGUGAGCCGCGUCGCCCCGACGAGACUGUGCCGCAACAUAUCGGCAGGACGCUGGGCCGCGUGGGCCCGUCCAUGUUCCUGACGUCGGUGUCGGAGUCGGUGUGCUUCUUCCUGGGCGCGCUGAGCGACAUGCCGGCCGUGCGCGCCUUCGCGCUGUACGCGGGCGCGGCGCUGCUCAUCGACUUCCUGCUGCAGGUCACGUGCUUCGUGGCGCUGCUGGCGCUCGACACGCGCCGCCAGAACGACAACAGGUUCGACGUGCUGUGCUGCGCGGCGGGCACGAAGGCGGCCGAGGGCGCGGCGGGCGACGGCGCGCUCUACAACCUGUUCCGCUUCGUGUACGUGCCCUUCCUCAUGAAGCGGGAGGUGCGCGCCUCCGUCAUGAUCCUGUUCUUCGCCUGGCUCUGCUCCUCCGUCGCGGUGGCACCCCACAUAGAUAUCGGCUUAGACCAGGAACUCUCCAUGCCCCACGACAGCUUCCAGCUCAAGUAUUUCAAACAUUUGAACCAAUAUUUGAACAUUGGACCACCGGUGUACUUUGUGGUGACCGAUGGAUUGGACUAUUCGGACAUGGAUGUUCAGAACAUGGUCUGCGGAACAAGAUACUGUAGGAGCGAUAGUAUUGCUAUGCAACUGUACUCUGCGUACCGCACACCAAACGUGACCUACAUCGCUCAACCGCCUAACUCCUGGCUGGACGAUUUCUUCGACUGGGCCGCCCUGCCUUCCUGCUGCAAAUAUUUCACAUCAAACAGCAGCUUCUGUCCAAACGAUUAUUCGACGCCCCCAUGUCAGAGCUGUGACAUCCCACGCGUGGGCCCAGCCCAGCGACCCAGCGCGGCAGACUUCCAACGCUACGUGCCCUACUUCCUACAAGACAACCCCGGCCUCAACUGUGCUAAGGGCGGCCACGCUGCCUACGGACACGCUGUUAACUACAUACCCUAUAAUCGUUCGACGACGCGUGUGGGCGCCACAUACUACCAGGGCUACCACACGGUGUUAAAGACGAGCAGUGACUACUACUCAGCCCUUCGCGCUGCACGAGUAGUCGCUGCCAACCUCAGCGAGACCCUCAAUAGGAACCUUCGUGAAGCCGGCAAGAACACCACAGUCAAUGUGUUCCCCUACUCAGUGUUCUACGUGUUCUACGAGCAGUAUCUCACCAUGUGGCCGGAUACCCUCAAGUCUAUGGGAAUAUCCGUGCUAUCUAUAUUCAUUGUCACCUUUGUGUUGAUGGGCUUCGAUCUCUUCUCCGCACUGGUGGUCGUGAUAACUAUAACAAUGAUCGUAGUGAAUCUCGGCGGCCUUAUGUAUUGGUGGGGCAUCAGCCUCAACGCGGUCUCUUUGGUUAACUUGGUGAUGGCGGUGGGCAUCGCGGUGGAGUUCUGCUCGCACCUCGUGCACACGUUCAGCGUGGCGGGCGGCGGCGGGCGCGUGGAGCGCGCCUCGCACGCGCUCAGCACCAUGGGCUCCUCCGUGCUGUCCGGCAUCACGCUCACCAAGUUCGGCGGCAUCAUCGUGCUCGGCACCGCCAACAGCCAGAUCUUCCAGGUGUUCUACUUCCGCAUGUACUUGGGCAUUGUUCUGUUUGGAGCUGCUCAUGGACUUAUAUUCCUACCGGUCAUGCUCAGUUAUAUCGGUUCGCCGGUGAACAAGCAGAAGCUGGCGCGUCAACAACUGCGCGGCAACGAGGUGGUCGCGGAGACGUCCCUCACGCGAGUACGCCUUUAAAGACCAGGAAAUUAAGAAAAAAAAAAAAAUAUUAUACCAUCUCUAGUAUAGGUCCCUUGGUGAUUAAUAUUAAUUUUUAGAUUAGUUAAUGUGAUUUACUUCCUGAGAUUUUUCUUAGUAACACCCUCUAUGUUCCUAUAUGAUUGUAUUGACGAUAUGAAAAAAGUUUUUAUAUGUAAUCUGUGACUACUAAUGAAAAAAAAUAUAUAUUUAAAUAAUAAUUGUAAAAGAUUCGAAUGUUUUUAAAAACUGAAUCUCCUACUUAAAGUUAGUACUUAAAUAGAGGGAAACGCUUUCAUUGUCCAAAGGUUAUGGUUUAAUGUAUUGUAAUAUAAUAACCGACAAGUUAUUGUGAUAGAAAUAAAAUACGUUUUUUUAUUUA